AUGCCAGAAGAACAAAGUCAAACUAUAAUGGCAGUUGAUGAACUUCAAGCCAUAAUACAAAGAUGCCAAAUUCUGGAAGAAGCUGAUUUCAAGGGAGAAGAUUUUAAUCUGUUUCAGGUAGCAGGUCAGAAAUGUUUAGAAGAUGGGUAUGCAGCUCAGUUAUUAGAAGUAAUUCAAAAUGAGAAAAAUAAGGUUAUCGUCAAGAAUAUGGGUUGGAACCUCAUUUCUCCUCUUGUUAGAUGUAUUUUCAUGUAUAAACAGGAAGAUGAUAAGCGAGAACACUGCCUGAAGAUACUAGAUCAGUUGGCACAGCUAUGCAAUCCGAAAGAACUUUUUUUGAGUUUACUUGAGCAGAUUGAGCAGACCUCUGGAGAGCAAGUGUGUCAAACUAUUAUGUUAUUGCUUCAGCCUUUGAAGACAGUGCUUUUGAAACUUCAGAACAAGAAGGCCUACUCAGUGGGUUUAUCUUUAGCCAUGAUAAUGAAUCAGCUUACUCCCUUACCUGUACCUUAUACAAAACAACAAAUACAAGAAGAUAAACUUGGUCUCUGUCAAUGUUGUAAUGCAGUGGUGGACUUUGCUAAAUUUUUUGUGAAUGAAGUUGUUAACAUGGAAAAGUCAUCAGAAUGCAAUGACAUGGAGCUGAAAGAAGAAUUACUAAAAUU